AUGCCGGCUCCGUCGUCUUCGUUGGCGAAUGCCGCCUCGCGAAUGCACCGGCAGGUCUCUCGCAUUGACCGUCAGACGGCCGAGAAGCUCUUUCCGUGGGAGCAGCGGCGGCAGUGGCCCACCGGCUACCUCCCGGCAAGUGGCGUCGCCCACCUUCUUCACCCCGACGGCGUCCCGUUUGGCGAGGUGCUCGAGUGCUACAUGGACAUAAAGAGAGACCGGCAGCAUGAGCUGCAGCGCGACUUCGCGUCCGACUACACGCUCUGGAACCGUUGCUCGCUCGAGGAGUUCGUGCGUCAACUCGGCGCUCACCGGCGCCGUUGCUUCACACGGCUGACGGCGCGCGAUCGUCUCGUACACGACGCCAGCGUGCGAGAGGUGUUUCAGCUAGCGCCAUAUCUGCCACCACCACCUGCUGGUACCAUUACCAACCCUUCAUCACCUGCGCGAGCGUCACCUCCGUCGCAGUCGACUCCCGCUGAUGCGACGAGCACGACCUCAGCAGGCAAGGAGGGACCGGCGUACUACCAGUUUCAACCGUACGCGGCGACGCAGGAGUACGCCAUGCUGCCCGUCCAAGGUGUUCGGUCACUACAGCAGCGCGUGCGCUUCGCCACUUUCCCGAAAAUUCGGAAUGUGCUCCACACGGACUUCGAUUCCAUGACCGCGUUACGUGGGCUAAGCCUGUACUGCGAGGAUGGGAUACUGUACACGAGAGAGCUGGUGCAGGCCGUGGCCCUGUACAUUCAGCGGAGGCUAGAGGAGAUUGCAAAAGCAGAGGCGUCGUUCUUGCGUGCUGCGUCUCUGCCGACGUUCACGUCGGAGUCGCCGGUGGUCGUCUUCUUCGGCAACGGGCGUCUGGCCUGGAUGCUCAAUGAGGGUGGCCUACUGCCCAAGACGGUGCGCGCGGUGCAGCUGCCACGGCAGGACGCGCAGCGCAGACGCCGUCGCACGCAUCUCCUGCAGCUGCAGGAAACACUUGAGAGAGACCUCAGUGUUCACAAGAGUUUCACGACCAUCUUCCCCUGCGAGACGCUCUCCGUCGGUGACGCACUUCGGAAGUACAAGCCGGUGAUUGCACUGGUAGAACCGCAUGUGGACCGGGAUUAUUUGUCUGACAUACGCGGCUACUACAGCAUGCGAGAGGUGGUGGCUAUGGGGCCCAUCGACUCCCCGGCGAUGGGUAGCUUCGCCUACCCGUUCCUGAGCUUUGGCGCUACACCUGGACCGACGACGUACUGGGCGUACAACGACAACUUGCAGAAGGUGCACGCCUCAGAGCGAAUCCAGAUGCCGAUGGACGCGCCGCACGAGUCACAAGGGUACGAGCGGCACUACGUCGACGACAUCUCGGCGUACCUGAUCGCGCCCAACGACUGCGCUGCCAUCAGCAGACAGUUCCGUUGCCUCUCCUUUCGCCGUGUGCGGCCACCGAUGCUGAGGCCUGGGAGCACAGCAGCGGCCACAGCGCCGCAGUCGUUGAAGGAGACAGUGGGGCGGAAUCCCGAACGGCCAUGA